AUGCAUUUGGUGCGGGUUGCUGCGGGCGCCCUGCUGCUGGCGGCCCACGCCGCCGGCCAGUCCACACCGAAGUUGAAUUCCACGGCGAUCACCACGCUCCUCGCCGGGACCCCAGCCUGCGCUUCGAUGAUUUCAUGUGUUCCAAACAUCGCCGAAAAGGGCAUCUUCAUCCAACAGCCACGUCUUGGCAUUUGCAUCGCCGCAUGCUCACCGGACCUAGAUGCCAUGCUUCGCCGAGGGGUUCCGAGCAGGGAAAUGCACGAUGGCCGGUCUCACAGACUGUGUCUGUACCAACAUUCCCCUGCAAGCCGGGGUGUCUGCAUGUGUGCAGACGUCUUGCAUCUUCGACCAGCAACCACCGCGGAGAUAUCGCAACAACUAUGCCGUGGGUACCCAAUACCAGAACGUCGACGAUUUUCAAAAGUCUUUUCCAUUGUCCUACCUUCCAUAAGCACCGCAACGGUGGCUCUCCGGUGUGUCGCGAGAUGGACCGUCACGAACCAGCUCUGGUGGGAUGACUGGACGGCCUUGAUGGGCUUGUUCUUUCUCAUAGUUUCCGCAGGACUGGGCUACUAUAAUGCCGGCCUUGGCUUUGGUAUUCAUUAUUGGGAUGUUGAGCCAGGGAAAGGAAAGACCAUCUUGCAGAUAUUCUACGUUCUGCAGAUGCUCUACAUAUUCGUACUCAUCUCCGCCAAGUCAUCGAUAUGCUGCUUUUACUCACGAGUAUUCACCAACAACAAGCGCUUUCGGCGGUACACAAUAGGGUUCAUGAUAUUCCUCCUAACACAUGGCCUCAUGUUUCUCUUCCUCGUUACGUUCCAAUGUCUCCCCAUCGAAGCAAUAUGGAACCGUCGAAUCGAAGGCCGCUGUCUUGAUUACGCAGCUCUCGGAUACGGAGGAGCCGCCGUCAGCAUAUUCGAGGACCUAAUCCUUUUCAUCAUGCCCAUCCCUGAGCUCAUGAAGCUGCAGCUGUGCAGGAAGAAGAAGCUCGCGCUUGUGUUCAUGUUUGGCGUCGCGUCUUUUGCCUGUAUCGCCAGCAUGAUCCGCCUCAAAUACAUGGUUUCAUAUGCCAACACCUACGACGCGACGUGGGACAACGUUGACAUUGUUCUCUGGUCUUCCAUUGAACUCAACGCGGCAAUAAUCUGCGGCAGUCUUCCCGCGUUACGCCCUCUCUUUAAGAAGAUUCCCGGCAUUCUCAGUACCGUCAAAACCACAGUGCAAAGCGGAUACCACAGGAAGUCGCGGGACCCAUCUGGAACAGCCAAGUCCAAUGCCUCGCAUCAGUCUAUUGCACUAUCGUCCGAGGCGUCGCCACGGAAGCCGAUUGAGCCCAGGAAAUUUGGGAGUAGUUCAACUGCAAAGGAUACGUAUGUAACGACAGAUACAAGGGUUGACACGACAAGUACGGAUGGUUCGGAGAGGCAUGAGUGGAUGGAUAAGUCGACGUUGUGUUAG